AUGGACCAACUUAGACUGAGCAUGCUUGCCGAUGUGCAAUCAUGGACUCCUUCACACAUGCCCACAUCAACAACGUUAACGAGCAUCGCUACAUCCCAUGCAUCUGACUUACAAGUUACACUUUCCUCGGUUAUUGCACGAGUAGCAACCGAAACCGAUUUCGUCAAUCUUCGUUCUUUAUCCGAAGCUUAUCGUGGUGCAGCAGCUUCAUUAACCAUCAUCUCAGCAGAAAAUGUGCUUGCCACUGCCACAGCUUCAUCGGUGCAGGCACAAGCCACCCAGGCUAUAUUCAAUGCCACAGUAAAUUUAAAAGAGUUGGUUGACGAACAAAAUCUUUAUGGAUACAACCCAAAUUUGGGUGGUAACGCCUUCUUCCUUGCCAUUUACGCCUUGAUCUUUUUGUACACCGCAGUUAUGUCUAUUUGGUCAAGAUACUGGUGGUAUAACAUCACCUUCUUUUGCGGAUACGCCUUGGAGUUUAUAGGGUUUUUGGGCAGACUUUUGGCUCAUAAUAACACCGCAGUGCAAAGCUACUUUUUGAUGCAAAUCGUGUGCUUGACCAUUGCACCUGCAUUCAUUAUGGCUGGUAUUUAUUUCCUAUUUGGCCAAUUGGUGGUGAUUCACGGAAGGCAAUACUCAUUGCUUCGACCAAUGUGGUAUUCAUACUUUUUCAUAGCGACAGAUGUCGUCUCGUUGCUCAUUCAAGCAGGUGGUGGAGGUGCAGCCUCAGUAGCCAGUUCUGAACACAGAGAUGCCAGCUCAGGAACAAACACAAUGAUUGCCGGUAUUGCAUUGCAAGUAUUUGCAAUGAGUGUGUUUUUAAUCUUUUGGUUUGAGUUUUUAAACAGAUUAUACUUUAAAAAUUCCAAAAUUAAACCUCAAGACGGAUCGACAGUGCAAAAAACCUCCUUGGAAAAGAGAUCUAUUGGCAAUUAUUUGAAGUUAUUGUUCAACACCAAAUCAGUUAGACAAUAUAGACACGAGCACUUGGAGCAAUUUUACAACAAGAAAUUUGCAUCCAUUCGACAACGGAAAUUGUUUGACUGGAUGCCAUUGGCAAUGACCAUUGCUGUGGUUGUUGUAUACAUUCGUUGUAUAUACCGUGUGGUGGAGUUGGCUGAAGGGUUUGGCGGUUACUUGUACGAACAUGAGCCAUAUAUCUUGGUACUUGAUGCCACAAUGAUUGCAAUCUGUGGAUUGAUUUUCCUUCCUUUCCAUCCAGUCUGGGUGUUUGGUAAAAAGAAUAUUGUGAAAUUAGCAACAAUAAAGAAAAACUUGGAUGAGCAACCAGGGGAGGAGGAAAAGGAACAGCAAGAGAAAGUUGAAGUUGAUGACAAAACAAUUCGAGACGAGGGCGAGAUAAGUAAAGAGUUUAAUGAAGAAGAAAAAGGUUUACCUAGAGAGUUUAUUUAG